AUGCCGCUGGUGGUGGACGCUGUGUGGGCGAUUUGGAGCAUUGGCGCUGGCAUUUAUGACUACUUCCACACCAGUGCCAUGGAGGAGAGGAUCCACACGCUGGAAAACGUCCUCUCCAUUCACCAAUUUGUGAUCGCCGGCUUGUCUGCAGGCCUCAUUCUCCUCAUGACCUAUAUACUGUGGAGAAAACACUGA